AUGUGGCGGGCGCUGCUGGGAGGUCGCUGCCUGUUGCGGUCCUGCUCCGCCGCGCUCGUGGCUGGGGCGCCGCGCGGGGGCGGGGGAGCAGCUGUGAGGGGAGCGGGGGGCGGCGGAGCGGCGGCCGCGACGGAGGAGCGGCGGCAGGUGGCAGACUCUUCUCUUCCAAAGUUCAGCAUUGACUUUGUUGUAAAUCUGCUGAGGCAAGAGAAUGCGAAGGAUAUCUGUGUCAUCCAAAUACCUCCAGAAAUAAAGUACUGCAAUUAUUUUAUAGUUGUGAGCGGAUCUUCAACACGGCAUCUCCAUGCAAUGGCACAUUACAUGCUGAAGAUGUACAAGCAUCAGAAGGAAGAAAGUGAUCCUCACACUCGGAUUGAAGGGAAAGAAACAGAUGACUGGCUGUGCAUUGAUUUUGGAAGCAUAGUGGUACACUUCAUGCUGCCAGAGACACGAGAGACUUACGAACUGGAGAAGCUGUGGACUCUAGGUUCCUAUGACGACCAGUUAGCACAGAUGACUCCACAGUUACUGCCAGAAGACUUUAUACUAGGACUGACUUCUGAACAGCAGUGAUCAACUUGUGACAAGAACUUAACGUAGCUGCUGAGGUGCCUGACUAGGAGACAUGAGUUGCCUCAGCAGACACAGGAGGCACAGCAACUUGGCCAUCACUAGCAUGAUCAGCAUAAACCAGUGUAUCAAAAGAGCUGCCGGAAUGUCAUAAAGGGACAGUAUCGUAGGGGACCUUCCUGGAAGAUGUCUCAAUGGAGUUUGCAGUGAGGACGGUAGGAAAAGACAACCAUUUAAGCUACUUACCCCCAAAACUCAGGCACAGUCUCUGCAAGGGCUGUUUUUCUAGCAUCUUUGAAAGGCCUGCCUGUGGUGGCAGUGCAUGCUGAAGUACCUUUCCUGCAAAAUGGCUUGAGUGCUGUACAGUAAAAUUACAUUAAGUAGUAAAGUUUAAGUGAGGCUUCUUGUGUGAAGUCAGUUGCUUUUGGUUGAGGUGAAGCAAAUGAUGUGCCGAGCUGAAGGAAGAGAGAAAACAGUGGUGUUGCUGAACUCAUAAAAGCCAAGAGUAGCAGUAACAAAUGUGUCUUGAAUUAACAGAAUAGUAAGUCAGUUCUUCAGCCAAGGCCAAUCUGUUUUUAAUAAUAAAAACACAACUGAAGAACUUCAAUUCCUUGCCCUCGUGUUAAAACAUUCAGCUUAUUAUAAGUGCACAGCUAGCCUCUCAGAAAUUUUCCUCUCACCUGGUUCCUGGAAAAGGACACUAAGGAACAUGCUGUGGCAGCGUAAGCCUUCAGACCUUUUGAGGUGGGUGAAAAUAGUCCUAGAGAAAGCCAUUUGUUACUUAGCAUAACUUGCUGUUGGACAGAUAGUUCAUCAUUUUGACUACAGCGAUGACUACAGACAUCACACAAUGAUAUCUGUAUCAUUGCACACUGUUCUUGGUCAGCAACUGCUAAAAUCCAGCUACAAGAGCUUCAGGAUGGUAACAAGUCUUGUUUUCUCAUUACGGAACAAUGCUUUCAUUGCUAGAUUAGGAUCUCUUCCUUCUGGAGAAGCUUGCUUUGCAUCUGGAUUUUGGUUGGUUUGUAAACAAAGAAUAUAAUUUGCUCUAUUCCAAUCUGGGUUAUUUAUCAUGCCAAGUCUGCCCUCUUAUUUUAGGAGUAACUACUGUGAACUCACCUGCUCUUUGAUAGAAGGCAGCAGAUAGUUAUGCAAAUUGAACAAGGAACUUUAAUAAUAAAUAUAGUUAAUGAAUGGAAGUAACACCAAAUCUGUCCACAAAAUUAAAGUGUUAGUGGUAAACGUGUCUGCAAAAAACGAUUUGCAAAAUGUUUCCUGAUCCUUAGCAACAAGAAAUUCACCUAGAGGAACACUGGCUUUCUUACACAUUGUGGUGGCUUCAAAAUCAGGCAUUUUUUCCCAGGAGAGAUGCAUAAAGUAGCUUCAGAUCGCUCCCUGAAAGCCUUUCGUGCUGGAGAUGUACAGCUAGCUGAAUAGAGGCAGACUCAGCACACAUUACUCUAUUGUAUGCACUCACCAUACUUUAACAUUUAGUAACAAAAGAACAGUAAUGAGAGCCUAGAAAAGAACAGGAAGUGAUAGGGAACAGCUGUCAUGUGAAGUCUAGGACUCUUACCAUUAGCAAUGAAUGAUACUAAGAAAAGUAUGAGACAAAAACACUAAGAUGCAUUAAAAAAAAAGAAUUCACUGUGAAGGCACAUUGUGAAAAGAAGUUGGCUGAAAAACCCACUGAUUGCUAUUAAUCAGAAAUUCCAGCUCAGGAAGAAAACUUCUUCACCUCUCAUUUAAUGUAAUCUGUCAUCAUAUCAGUAUCACCCUAUGUGACUCACAGAGCCUUUGGUCUGACUCUUGAAUCCUUGGAAUUAAGAAAGUCUGGCUGGUCACUGCUGUGCAACACUAAAUCCCUUUGGGAAGAACACAUGGGAAUGUUUCUCCUCCAUGGAUAACGUGAGACCCUCAUGUAAAAUAAAAAGGCUCCUCUGUAGUUUGUCCAGCGAGACAGAUGCACUGAUCAGUCUUCUACAAAGGUGUGCUCAGGAUGCCUUGACAAUGGUAGACAGCAAUAUGAAACUUUGGUCACCACAUCACAAAAUUUCCUGCACUGCAUUUAAGUAACUUAGUUAUCAGGCAGUGUCUACAUCCAUCAAUUGAGCUAGCAGCUGUUACAGCCCAGCUUACCCAGCUUGAGUGCUUACUCCACUGAUUUCUCACAUUCAUUUUGAAACCCCAUGCUCAAGCACCAUGUUGAGGCUCUGCUUGUCCUGCACAGCAUACAUGCUUCACUUGACGGAAACUAACAUAAAGAGCGCAUGCCUUUGAAAUUGCAGCUCAAGAGUAAAAGCUUCAUAAGGUUAGAAGCAAAUAAAAGCAUCAUGAUUAAGCAAAUGAUUAAAAAGUCAGAGGUUUAAUGAUGGCCAAUGCACCAGCAUUAAGGAGGGAAGCUUAAUUUAUGUUGCUCAAAGGGCAGGGAUGCCAGGACUGAGAAGUGAGCUCAAGGGAAAGAUGAGCCCAAUUUCCCUGUAAAAUGCAGUACCAUACAGUGUUUUUGCAGACAUCAUUUCUUCAGUUCUCUCUUUCUGCUGAUUGGUCUCAGUAAAUGAGCUGUGAAGACAAGUGGGAAGAUGCAAGAGAUUGGAAAAGAAGCCUGGUUUUCCACUCCACUGUAAAAGAUAGAGUUACUUGUGAACACUUCCUCAUUCCCCAACACCUCCCUCUCACCUCGGAGCAUUCACAAUGAAAUAUCUCAUUUCAAACAACAUUAAAAGGGAUCAAAAUCAAGAGAAAAAAACCACCUCUCGAGAUCUGAGGGCACCACCUUCCUGACAGUGGGUGUGUAUGGGACAGAGGAGGUGGAACAAGGUGGGAUACAAGGUGCCAUAUUUACUCACUAAUGAGCAAUCCAGGCUCCUGGGGCCACGCUCAUUGCCCAGCUGCACCACACACAAAGCAUCAAAGUAAAGACUGGGUAAAAAGCAGCUGAAAAAAGAAAGUUUAUACCACAACUCGGAUCUCCCUUGAAACUUGUUAAAAGCUCCCUUUGGGUUUGCACUGGGUCACAACUGCUGUGCACAUGUUCCUUCCAGAGCAAACCACGCUAAGUUAUCUGCACGAGACAAACUGAACUAAAGGUGGUACUACAAACCAUAGUGCUGUUGUACGAAAACGAAAAGGUGAACUGGAAGCCACAGAAGUCACUACUUGUACUGGAAAGUGUGAACAUCAUAGCUUGGCUGCUGGAUGCCCUCGCAGCUGUGGAAUGCCUGCGGGUGACUGUUCAGCCUUACUCAGUUCUUACUACAGACAGAAAAACAACUCGAUCAAAGCACAGUAAAUACUUAGAGCAGUCAGUCAUUAUGCCUCAUUAGUUUAAAAAAACAACACACAACUGUAUCUGAUGAUAGGAGUUAAACUCUUUAUUCCAUUCAGAGGCAUCUGGCAAGUGGAGCUGCAUUGGGGGGCACAUUACAGAUGAAAAAUGAUCCAUACUUUGUGGAUAUUGAAAUCAUUUACAGUAUUUACUUUCUAGCUAUUCCCAAAUACUCCAAAUUACCAAGUCUCAAUUGAAAAUAAAACAUGAUUUAUCAUACUAAGUCUAGAAAUUUAAGAGAUAUGACAGUAAUUAAAUCAGUAGAUGUAAAUGCAGCGCCUAUUUGUAAAUAAUUUUAUGGAAAAUAAUGAAGUCAAAUCCUUCUCAAAUGUUAAGAAAGGAACAUCAGACUGACUUAAGCCUCGACAAAAAUUAAAAUGCUAUGACUUUCCAUACUUCAGUAAUUUUAAAUUCAUUGUAAGAAAAAAAAUUAUCCUAAAGGCUAGAAUGAAGGUCACUGUCAAAAAAGGAAAAGAAACUCAUUUUUCUUUGCUAAAACUACAACAUAAGUUUGUGGUUUUUAAACCAAUUAGUAAAGAAGAGAUGCAGGAAAAACACUUCAGACCAUUUUCAAAAUUAUCUAAUCUGUACAACAAUGAUCUUUGGGAAAAUUAUCUAGUCUAUGUAGUAAUGCCUCUAUUUCAACAUGAACCUAAGAGGUAGAUAACAAAAUGAUGAAACAAAUGUUUUUGCUCGUUGUGCCCCUCAAAUCAGUGCAGCAUGGUGAUUCUGAUCAUCUCAUGCACAAAAAACAUCACAAAAAAAGGUUCAGAGGUAAUAGCAUGGCUCUGUCGACCACACACAUACAGGCGCGCACGCGCACACACACACACACAGCAGUCUUUAUGCACCAUGUGUUGCCACAUUUUUUUUUUUAAACUGAGGUAGACUGAAGUUUAUUGUAGAAACUUGAAUGUGUCACUAUUACCACAAUCAGCAUUCAAAUUACAUUCUGAAAUUAAAAAAUUUGGUAACUUUCCUGUUAUCCCUGCCUUUUGACAUUUUUUUCUCUAAUGGUUGGUUGCAGAACGUGCAUAAAUCCUGCUGCAUCUAUUAUAAGCCAGGCUAGAGAGGUUGUUGGUUUGUUUUUUUUUCUUGUAAU